AUGUCGCUAACAUCUCUAAAUCUCGAAAAAUAUCGAAAAGAUCAAAAUAACAUACAUACACACAUACACGUACACAUCGUACACAGACAGACAGUACUCCCCCCCCCCACACACUCCCCUCACCCCUCCCCGAGUAUGUCAGUGCCACUGAAGACCACGAACAGGUCCCCCCUGCGGGAAACAGACGCGAACUUGAAGCCGCAGUCGGCACUGGGACCUCGUGCGUGUCCCGAGUCUCACGCGACAGCGGCAGCGGCACCAAGCACGAAGAAACGCGCCCUGGAUAGGCUCGAGCACUCGCUCGUGAAGCAGCAGCGGGUCAAGCGCACGCGGUCCAUCGAGGGCGCCGUCCUGCUGAACAAGCCCGCGGGGAAACCGGUCGCUGCGAGGGCACAGGCGUUGCAGCCGAAGGAACUUGUCGAGUGGCAGAACAACUGGCUCCGGAUCUUGAAGCGCGACACGAGGAUAUUCUUUGAUGUCAGAGAGGACAAGAAGUCAGGUAGGUUGAGGCACAAGCUGGAGGAGAAACGCGAGCUGCUCGUUGCUGGGUUCGAAUUGCUCGGCGCUGAGAUAUCGCCCUUCUACGACAACAGAACGACCAUCGUCAUCACGACGAGAUCCGCGGAGGAUAUCGCACAGGAGAUGGACUCUAACGAUAUACUCGUCAGGGCACGCAAGAACAGCAUCAAAGUCUGGGGGUUCGAGAAGGCGUUCAGGUUUCUCUCAAACCUUAACGUGGAAAUCGACACUUUCCGUUUGGAGGAUCCGCAGUUUAAAAAAUUGGACUCACCAGAUAUAACCGCGCAGACGCACCUUGCAAGGGCAUCCAAAACGGGGACCCUUUCGACUCUACUUAAAAACGAGAAAAUAUUCGGAUCGAACGAUAGGGACCCACGCACCAGAAGGGACGACAUUCACUACUUCAAGUACCCACACGUGUACAUGUACGACCUGUGGCAAACAUGGGCCCCAAUCAUCACUCUGGAGUGGAAACCGCAAGAACUUGCAGACGUGGAACACUUACCGUACCCAACCCUCAAAAUGGGUACCUUCGGGAGGUGUCCCUUCAUCGGCGACAAGCUUUGCGACGAGCGGUCCGAAAAGAGAGUUAUAAAGCGGUACUCCAGAGACCAAGAAAACCGAAAACAUGCAACGGAACUUCACAUAUGGUACCAACACCACGCACAGCCUGACUUUCACAACAUGCACGUUCCAACAAUGACCAUCCCACACAUUUGUAACGACUCGAGGUACAUGUACUUACAAUUUCCCCCCCAUUUUGAGGACCUCUUUGGAAAAAUUAAUGACGACAAAUCCGUGAUGGAGGAAGAGGCCUUGUCAACCUCCACGCAUAGUGACAACACAGCAGCAGCGGAUGCGGAGAAACACGCCGCGACAUGGAGGGAGCCCGCAACUCCACAACUGAAGCACGCCAAACUGGCGAGGCAGGAAACGGAGGAGUUCCCGGAUGACCUGUGCAACUCGUUCAAGAAGCACUCACAGGUGCCCUUCGAGAUCAAAGCCAGCGGUGUGCACCAGUCGAACGAUGUGGCCACGUCCUUUGGCAACGGGCUGGGCCCAACGAAGGCCAGCGUGACGAGCAAGAAGAUCAAGACGUUGAACAGGCUCGUUGUCGAUAGGAAACUCGUCUCGAAGACCCCAAGCCAAGCGAACAAGACGCGCCACUCCUCACACAAAGACGUCCCGGCAGGGUCAAACCUGAAAAUUUCGAGCAACGCAAGCAGCAAGUUGGCCCCACCGGCACAGGUACCGGCGCCAGCCCCCACGAAAAUGCGGGCGGCAAAGCCUGCUAAGAGACCCGUCGUCAGAAACCCAGGGUACUGUGAGAACUGCAGGGUCAAGUAUGAAGCUCUCGAGGAGCACAUUCUCUCGGACAAACACCUGGCCUUUGCUGAAAACGGCCUGAACUUCGAGUGCAUCGACUCCCUCAUCGACAAGCUGAAGUUUCAGUUCUAG